AUGUCGCUUGACAACAUUAGUUCAGAGGACCGGCAGCCUUUGCUUCACUGGGAAUCAGCAGCACCAGCACCUCGUAUCGUACUCCAUACAGUAGAAGGAGAAGGGGAAGAAUAUGGUGUUAAUGAGCGAUGGGAUGAUGCCAACGCCAAUUCCAAUGCUAUCAUCGUCGGCGAAGAGAGAAAGAAGCUCGAGAAGGAGCUGUUGCGCAAGCUCGACCGCCGAAUGUCGAUAUUGGUGCUGAUAUACAUUCUGAAUUAUGUCGACAGGAACAACGCUGCUGCUGCCCGGCUACGAGGGUUCGAGGAGGAUCUUCAUCUAGAGGGAACACAAUUCGCGACGUUGCUGUCUAUUCUGUACAUUGGGUACAUCCUGAUGCAGGUACCAUCAUACUUCGGAGCUUUGUGCACUCGCUUCCUUCUUGGAUUCGUUGAAGCCGCUUUUUUCCCGGGAGCACUGUUUCUGCUCUCAAAAUGGUACAAGCGCAAUGAACUCUCACAGAGGACAGCCUACCUCACGUCUGGUAUACUGCUCAGUAACGCCUUCGGGUCUCUAAUAGCUUCUGGUAUCUUGAACUCUAUGCAAGGUGUCCUGGGAUACUCUGCUUGGAGAUGGCUCUUUUUUGUGGAAGGGACAUUGACUAUUCUCGUUGCUAUCUGGGCUAUGUCUGUUCUACCUGACUUUCCAGAAAACUCUUCAAAUUGGCUUACACCUGCUGAAAAAGCGCUGGCUAUAAAGAGAAUGGCAGAAGAUUCUUCAGGACAAGAGACAUAUGUAUCUCUUGGUGACUCCACGUCUAAUAAGUUACUCGGAAGAUGGCCUGGGUUGUAUCUCGCCGUUACAGAUUGGAAGGUAUGGUGGCUCUCUAUAGCGCUGUUCUUUAUGGUUCUGUCUCUGUCUUUUGGCGUGUACUUUCCGACAAUUGCGGCGACUUUGGGGAAUGGGCCGACGAUUAGCCUUCUGUUGUGUGUUCCUCCUUGGCUCUUUGCGACCGGUGCAUCGCUCUACCUGGCCAGGUUGUACCUUGCGUGA